AUGUAUAAGUCUAAGGAAGGGAUGUAUGUUAAAACUGGAAAGAUUAUAAAGAUAGCUCACGAGGUGCACAGGACAAACUCCCUAGAGCCGAGAUCUAACAACAACAACACAAUGAUCAACAGGAACAUGCACAACCUUCACAACAACAUGCACAGCAUAUCUAACAGCAUGCACAGUCCCUCUACCAGCAUGCAUAGUCCGUCAACCAGCAUGCAUCCUCACUCCAACAAUAUCUACGCGCAGGCAAACGGCAAGCUAAGCAACGGCAUGCAACUGUUGGAUAACAAGCUGCAGUACGAUAACAAGCAGCAGUACGAUAACAAACUGCAGUACGAUAACAAACUGCAGUACGAUAAUAUUUUACAAACAAGCGCUAUUUACAACAAACAAGGACGAGUCAGGUUGAGUUUGGCGGAAAAUCUGCGGAUUGAGGACGACCAUGAGAACUGUCCGCCCCCGAACAUAACUCCAGUCAGCGGGGUACCUAACUAUUCAAAUAAAACUGAGUUGGUUCGACCGAUUGCUUUCCGGCCGAUUCCUCUUCAGAACGAUCGUCAAAUGGCCGAUCGUCAAAUACAUUCUGGACUCGGGAAUCGUCCGUCCUCGACACAUGAAGGAGAUAUUUCCAACUACGGUUCAAUCUACAUAGACAAGGGCAAUAAAGGUAUACAACGACGGGUUGAAGGGCUCCAAGUGUUCCAAGGGCACCAUCCACUGGGGAGCAAAGAUGUGAACGGCAGACAGUACGGAAGUUCACAAGACUUGAACCGCCCCCUGCCUCCUUCUUACAACAAGUUCUCCUCCCUGGAUAGGCGGGCUCUCACCAGGCGGCACCAGCCAAACCAAACCGUGCAGAAUCAACCAAACCAAACUGUUCAGAAUCAACCAAACCAAACCUCGGCUGGGACACCAAACCAAAUAAAACUCUCCACCUUCAACCCUCAAGAACCUAAGGUAAAAGCAUCACCUCCUGAGAGAAGACAUAGUUCUUAUAUUCCUUCAAGUUCGUUACAAAGAACCCCUAGUCAGUCCAGCGAGUAUAGAUUGAAGAGAGGAAAAGUAGACGGAGUGAAUUCUAUGAAUGUAAACGGUCUGCCGGAACCUUUUAGAACGUAUCAUCAUCCCAUAGACAAACCUACCUACCUUCAUUCAGACAAACCUAGCUAUUCAGACAAACCUAGCUAUACAGAAAAACCUAGCUAUUCAGACAAACCUAGCUUUUCAGAGAAACCUAGCUAUUCAGAGAAACCUAGCUAUAUCUCCACCGAAAAACCUCCCUACGCCCUCCAAGAGAAAUCACACCAGAAUCCAGAAAAAUUCCGACCUCAAUCAGUUCGAUCCACAGAGUCUAGAAACAGGAACAGUGGAGCAGGAACACCACAGUUUCAGGCACUUGCAGGAACACAAUACUCAAAAAAUCAGGGCUCUCUUACAAAUUUGAACAAUCAGUUUAUUCACUAUCAGACAAUCAGCCGAGGUAGAAACAACAGAUCUGAUCUAGAGACUGGUUAUGAGGGUAGUGAUGAGGAUUAUCUAACUCCUUCUCCCUCUGACAGUGCUGUAGGAGAUGUAGACUCCAUCCUCAAGGAGAAGGAUUCUGAGAUUAUUUUCCUGAGGGAAACAAUGGAACAGAAUGAACAUGUUAUUUUCAAGGUUUACGAGGAGAAAGAGAGAAUGUGGGAUAGAGAACUGAAGAAGAUAAAAGCACUUUAUGAAACUAGAUUAAGGAAUAAUCAACAGAAAGCAAGCAAAAUGGAGGCUUCUCUUCUCAACCAAACUUUCCAGCUGCAGACGGAUAAGGGAAAGCUAGAAGCAGAAUUGAAGGACUUAAACGUUCGAAGAGAACAACAGCUGAAGGAGAAUGCAAAACUGAAAGAUCAACUUGAAUCACUGAGGGAGGAGAAAGAAAAAGUGGAAGAAGAACGGAAAACUGAAAACAAAAAUAAAAAAAGGGAUGAGGAGGAACUAUGUGAUGAGGAUGAGGAGAAAACAAGAAUGAAAGAUGAAAUAGAAAAUCUAAAGACAAAAAACAAAUUCCUAAAUUCAGAAGUCAACAAGUUAAAAUCCCUUCUGGAGAUCGCUGGAGAUUCCUUCUCCCUUCAGGAGAUCGCCUCGCAGAAGGAGAUCAUCAUAGAACGGGAUCGUGAGAUCGAGAACCUGAGCAUGGAGCUUGAAAAUAAAUCCCAGAUGAUCUCCCAGCUGAAGGAGACUGUGGACGCGCAGGCCGAGCAGUUUGAGGUUGAGACCGCGAACUGGUUGACAGAAAAGGAGAAGGUGAUCAGAUAUCAGAAACAGCUACAGCUGAACUACGUCUCUAUGUACAAGAGGAACAAGGUGUUGGAGCAGGAGUUGGAGCAGACCAAGAAGACAAUGUCUGUCGAACCUUUGAAAUCUGGACACGUGAGUUCGGCCAAGGCAAAGCUGUUUAGUAAAUUUUCUAGUAAAUUUGGUGACAAUUCCUCGUAGUGCAAAAGUCACUUUGUGCAAUGCCUUGAAUAAGUGAAUUUGCUUUAAAUAGCAGUGCAUUUUAUCACGUGUAUUUUCUUAUUUUUAAGUGAAAGUGCCUUUGUAAGAGUGUCUUAUCGUGAUGUGGCCUUGAUACGGCUAUGUCUAUGAGUUCAUAUGACAAUACCUCUAAUUAAUAACUAACAAGCGAUUGAAAUAAAAGACUCGAUAUUCUCUAAAUAAAGGAAAAAAGACAAAAUUUAAGCAUCUGCUGUAUUAGGUGAUUUUUAUAUGAUUAUCCAUUGUUUCGCUACUAUUAAGUAAGAAAUCUUCUGUAAUUUCUAUUUCGACAACAUACCGAUGAACAAUUUGUCUUUCUAUUCGUCUUUUUGUCUUUUGUCUGUGGGACAAUUUGGCAAAAAUCUUAGAUCUGUCUAUCUGUCUACCUGUUUAUCUGUCUAUCUGUCUAUCUGUCUGUCUUUCUAUCUGUCUAUUGGUCUAUCUGUCUAUCUGUCUAUAAUUAAUCUAGUUGAGCGCAUGCUUUAAUAUUUCUAUCUGUGAUAAUCAAUAAUAAUUAAUAAUAGUUAAUACAC